GUGUGUGUGUUUAUGUCUCAGUAUGUGACAAACAGAGGCGCCGAGAGCUCCAGACCAAAAACGCACCAGGUCUCAGUCGGUUGGACGGCGAGGACCCUACAGCACCGUCGGGAUAACCGUGGACCGCAUUUGGGUGAUUUGUCUCAGAAGGCCACCGCGCACGGGAUUUAUACGACCAGCCCGCGCUCACCAUGCAGAGACCGAGCGGUCCAGGCACGGCGUUUUCCAUUGAUUCUUUGAUUGGCACUCCACAGCCCCGGCCGGGCCACCUGCUCUACACGGGCUACCCGAUGUUCAUGCCGUACCGACCGCUUAUGAUUCCGCAAGCCCUGUCACAUUCGUCAUUACCGUCGGGCAUCCCUCCCUUGGCGCCGCUGGCAUCGUUCGCCGGGCGCCUGACCAACACUUUUUGCGCGGGGUUGGGGCAGGGGAUGCCCUCCAUGGUGGCGCUCACCACCACCCUGCCCAGCUUCUCGGACCCUCCAGAUAGUUUUAACCCCCCGCAGGAGAUACCGGGACCCCGGUUAGGCGCGGACGGGACGGGGAUGAACCGACAGGAGAGCCCGCACGACGAACUCAAGGGCUCCGAACUCCUCAAUUUCACGGAAACUUUUCAGGCGGUUGCAGGCGAAACCAAACUCUACAGUUCAGACGACGAGAAACUGGACCUGAAAUCCGCGGAGGCCGCGUGCAGCGACAGGGAGGACAGUUCGGUCGACAGCGAGAACGAAAGCUUCUCCGACGGGAACACCUGCGCCUCGGCGUCCCAGAAAAGCAAGCUCAAAGGCGGCUCGCAGGACGCGUUGCCGCCGGGCGGCUCGGCGGGAAAGAGCCGGAGGAGGCGGACUGCUUUCACCAGCGAACAGCUGCUGGAGCUCGAGAAGGAGUUUCACUGUAAGAAGUAUCUGUCCCUCACCGAGCGCUCCCAGAUCGCGCACGCGCUCAAACUCAGCGAGGUCCAGGUCAAAAUCUGGUUCCAGAACCGCAGGGCCAAAUGGAAACGGAUCAAAGCCGGCAACGUCAACAACAGAUCCGGGGAGCCCGUCAGGAACCCCAAAAUCGUCGUGCCCAUUCCCGUGCACGUCAACAGGUUCGCGGUGCGGAGUCAGCACCAACAGAUCGAACCGGGCAGCAGGCCGUGAACUCCUCGGUGAACCCUUCAAACGAACAUUUACAUGACCCGCACUCCACAAAGGUCAGGGGUCACGCAGAUGCAUGAAGCGCGCCCAAGAGGACGCCAUUCCAGUAUCUAGAAGGAUAUUCAGUGACUUUUAGGUAACACUUUGUCGACUUUCGCCCGUCGAAAACGCGAGGCCUGUUUAACGCUUAACGGGUCACCGGUUUAUAUUUACAUUCAGCCGCCUGUACGAAUCAGAGUUUAUGAUAUCUGAAGCUAUAUCGGCGCGCGACCCGUUAAGCGUUUCACAUCCGUGAAAGCUGUUAAGGUGUUACCGACUUUUAUAUCUGUUCGAUAUCGACACGCGUUCAGGUUCGUUCUCCCCCAAAAAAUGUCUUUAUUUUUAAUUUAUUAUUUUGUACAGCUGUAAAUAUUAAAUGUGUCCGCGCGACACAAACGUGCACUAUACGAGACUGUAAAGAGACAUUUUUAAAAAAAUAAGUAUUUAUGAGUUGCUGUCUAGUGAGUUUUUUGCAUGUUGCCAUUUGUUGUCUAUUUUUCCCCGUUUGGUUUUAACGGGCCGUUCUCGUUGUUUCGACCAUUUUUUGCAUGCGCUCUUAAAGCGUUUCUGUCCCUUAGAGGCGGAAUCUCCCCCAAGUUCUUUGUGAAAAAAACGGUGAUGGAAAUAAAUAAGCUCAAGAACACAUUGACAGAGUGAUAUGUUCCCAUCGACGACACAAUAAAUGUGCAAUAUGGUUGCAUAAAACUGUUCAGAGGAGAAACCUAUUCAUGUUGGUUGUCUUUUUUGCAAACGAGUUAAUUAAUUACUGAUCAGUCAUUGACU